AUGUAUUCCACCAUCGCCUUCACGCUCGAGUCUGGAAAGCAGCAUGGCUACCGAAGAGGUAUACUCCAGCUGAAGCGUCCAGACGGAACGGUCCUCGAAGUGAAGACUCCGGGCUUCGUCACCGCGACGUCUCGAGGCGUCGUGUCGCACCUCACUCAAAGGCUAUGCGAGCAGACGGAGGCUGUCAGAUGGAUUCACGCAACAUUUGAAAGCUUGUAUGUUGCAACCCGUCCUUUCCCGGCGAGCUGGCGUUCAUACUCUCAAGCUUGCGACCCCGAUAUCGUGUUCGCUCUCACGGACACCCCGUUCACGCCACCGCCCUUCUCCCAAAAGCGUUCGGUCAAAAGCGUCGAGCGAUCCCUAGCCUGGCUAUCCGACCUCCUCCGCUCUGACACCUCGGAAUACACUCACCCGACCAAUGUCUUCGUCCAGAUGGCCGGCGGCGUCGAGCACGACGCUAGAGCGGCCUUCGCGGACGGUCUGACGUCUCGUCUAUACGACAAGGAGGCCGACAUGGUCCGGCCACUCCAGACGCUCGACGAGGGCGUGGCAGGGUAUUCCUUCGACCUCGCACCGUUGCGGGCGACGCUAAGCGGGGAUAGGCUGACUGGUCGGUUAUACGACAAGAUCCCGGCGCACCUCGUCCCGGAGGUCCUGCAUCCCUGGGACUUGACGCAGUAUACCGGGGAUUUGGCUGACCUUGUCCGAACGUCUUUGUCCGCUCUCCCUGAGCAGAAGCCCCGCCUUGUCAACUCUUGCACCGGCCCGCAUGAGAUACUACAGCUGAUCCAGUCGGCCGGCGUGGAUCUAUUCGAUGCUGCAUGGGCUCAGCGUGCCGCGGAUAUCGGCAUUGCUCUCGACUUUCAGUUUCCUGUCCCUCAGCAGUACCGGGACCACGUCGCGGCUUCUGGUGACGACGAUGCGGCGGGCGAGAACGACGGUGCACGGCAAGCCGGCAUUCCCAUCGGGUACAACCUGUAUAACUUCCAGUAUGCACACGAUUUUCGACCACUCACGGACCACCCCUUCCCUUCUGCGGCCCGGUCUCCUGUUGCUCCCUCUACGGUCAUUCUGCAUAGUAGCAUAGACUCAGGUGAGGUAGGAGAGAGCCCAUCCCCCUUUUCCCGAGCAUACAUCCACCAUCUCCUCCAUACCCAUGAGAUGUCAGCUCAUGCACUCUUGCUUACCCAUAAUCUCUCUGUGCUCGAUGCAUUCUUCAAUGGAGUGAGGGAGCUUUUGGGUAGCCCAGGUGUUUGUGACCAGGUGAUUGGAGAUGAGAUAGCUAUUUUCAGUAGGGUCUAUGAUGCAAGUUCCUCUCUGUUCAAUGUGUCUGCCAAAUGCUGGGCAGAGGUUGAACUCGCAAGGGGGAAGGGUAGAUUGGCCAGGGAAAAAGCCAAAGAGUUGUUGAGCUAG